AGAUUUUUAAAACCGAGAUAGAUUACUUUACAAGCAGAUUAGUAAAAUAAAAAGGUGGGGCCGACAAGAAGAAGACAUCAAGUGGGGUGCCACGUCAUACGGCAUAAGAAAGGAUUUCAUGUUUCCGCAUGUAUCCCAUCCCACCCGGCUUAAAAUCUCAAAAAAAAAAAAGACACUUGAGAAUCUGCAGAAACACCAAAAGAAAAAAAAAAUUCAAAGCUUUUAAGAGCUUAAUUUUUGCACAGAUGCUCUAAAGUUUUUCGUAUGAACUAAGGAAAAAAGUUUUUUUAUUUUCUCUUAAGCAGAAUGAUCUUUCGUUCCAAAAUCACAUUUAGAGAGUAGAGUACAGAUUCUUUGUUUUUGUUAAAAAAACUCUGUUUCUUGAAACAACAAAAAAACAAAACUUUUUUUUUGUUCUUUUCCCUUCUAGAAACCAUGAAAGCUCCAUCAAAUGGAUUUUAUCCCAACUCAAUCGAAGGAGAGGAGAAGAAACCAAUCAAUUCUCAGCUAUGGCACGCUUGUGCAGGCCCUCUUGUUUCACUGCCUCCUGUGGGAAGUCUUGUUGUUUACUUCCCUCAAGGACAUAGCGAGCAAGUUGCAGCAUCUAUGCAGAAACAAACUGAGUUUAUACCAAAUUACCCAAACCUUCCUUCUAAGCUCAUUUGCUUGCUUCACAGUGUUACACUACAUGCUGAUACGGAGACCGAUGAAGUCUAUGCACAAAUGACUCUUCAACCUGUGAAUAAGUACGACAGAGAAGCAUUGCUAGCAUCUGAUAUGGGUCUGAAGCUAAACAGACAACCUACUGAGUUUUUCUGCAAGACACUUACAGCGAGUGACACAAGCACACACGGUGGGUUCUCUGUACCACGUCGUGCAGCUGAGAAAAUCUUCCCUCCUCUUGAUUUCUCAAUGCAACCGCCUGCUCAAGAGAUUGUAGCUAAAGAUUUACACGACACUACAUGGACCUUCAGACAUAUCUAUCGAGGCCAACCAAAACGACACUUGCUCACCUCUGGUUGGAGCGUUUUCGUUAGCACAAAGAGACUAUUCGCUGGUGAUUCAGUUUUGUUUGUAAGUGAUGAGAAAUCACAGCUCAUGUUGGGUAUAAGACGUGCAAACAGACAAACACCGACUCUUUCCUCAUCGGUCAUAUCCAGCGACAGUAUGCACAUUGGGAUAUUUGCAGCUGCAGCUCACGCCAAUGCCAAUAGCAGCCCUUUCACAAUCUUCUUUAAUCCAAGAGCAAGUCCUUCAGAGUUUGUGGUUCCUCUAGCCAAAUACAACAAGGCGUUGUACGCUCAAGUAUCUCUUGGAAUGAGAUUCCGGAUGGUGUUUGAGACUGAGGAUUGUGGGGUUCGUAGGUAUAUGGGCACAGUCACCGGUAUUAGUGAUCUUGACCCUGUUAGAUGGAAAGGCUCCCAAUGGCGUAAUCUUCAGGUAGGAUGGGAUGAAUCAACAGCUGGAGAUAGACCAAGCAGAGUAUCUAUAUGGGAGAUUGAACCUGUUAUAACUCCUUUUUACAUAUGCCCUCCUCCAUUUUUCAGACCAAAGUACCCAAGGCAACCAGGGAUGCCAGAUGAUGAGCUGGACAUGGAAAACGCAUUCAAAAGAGGAAUGCCUUGGAUGGGAGAAGAGUUUGGGAUGAAAGACGCGCAGAGUUCCAUGUUUCCUGGUUUAAGCCUGGUUCAGUGGAUGAGCAUGCAGCAGAACAACAACAACACAUUGUCAGCUACUGCUACUCAGCUGCCAUCUGCGCUCUCGUCUUAUAACCUGCCAAACAGUUUUGCUCCCAACGACCCUUCAAAGCUGUUGAACUUCCAUUCUCCUAACCUCUCUCCCGUGAACUCCCAGUUCAACAAACCGAACAUGGUUAGCCAUAUAAGUCAACAGAUGCAAGCACAACCAGCCGUGGUGAAAUCUCAACAACAAGAGCGACAGAUGUCACACCAACAGCUGCAGCAAGGGGUUUAUAACGUCGGAGGUUCUGUAAACAAUGGCGUGAGUGUUGUUUCUAACCAAGUCUCUUGUCAGGAUCAGUCUACUGGUUUUUCUCAGUCUCAGCUUCAGCAGCAGUCAAUGCUCUCUAAUGGUAGUGCUAAAAUGAACCACCAGAACAUUGUUCGGAAACAGGGUUUAUCUCAAAUGACAUCGUUUGCGCAAGAAUUGCAGUUUCAGCAGCAAAUGGAAUUGCAUAACAGUAGCCAAUUACCGAGAAACCAGCAAGAACAGUCCUCUACGCAUUCACUACAACAAUCAUCACAACCAAGUCCCUCACAGCAGCUUCAGUUGCAGCUACUGCAGAAAUUGCAGCAACAGCAACAGCAACAGUCAAUCCCUCAAGUAAGCUCGUCCUUACAGCCACAGUUAUCCGUGGCGUUGCAGCAGACACAAAGCCAUCAAUUGCAACAACUGCUUUCCUCUCAGAAUCAACAGCCCUUCUCAGCUUCAACAUUCGUGCAGCCUCCACAGGUUCAGGUGAGUCAUCAGCAACAAGGACAUAUGAACAACAAGCCUCUUGUAACCGCUGGAAGAUCACAUUCUGGUCACACAGAUAGAGAAGCUCCUUCUUGUUCGACCUCGCCUUCCACUAAUAACACCGGACAUAAUAAUGUUUCACCAACAAAUUUUCUGAGUAGAAAUCAACAGCAAGGGCAAGCAGCAUCUGUACCUGCAUCUGAUUCAGUCUUUGACCGUGCAAGCAGUCAAGUCCAAGAGCUUUAUACAAAAACCGAGAGCCUGGUGAAUUUGAAGAGUUUUUCUGAGUACAAGUUUAAAGGCUCAGUAACAGAUCAAAUCAAUGUAUCCACAACAGGAACAACGUAUUGUCCUGAUGCUGCUGGCCCUGCACAGCAGCAACAGACUUUCCCACUACCAUCAUUCGGUUCUGAUGGAGAUUGCCAACCUCAACAUACAAGAAACAACUUAGGUAAUCUUGAAGCCGUGACUCCUGAAGCUCUCUAUUCUCAAAAGGACUUCCAGAACUUGGUUAACGCACCAAGAGACAUUGAAACCGAGCUAUCGAGUGCUGCAAUAAGUUCUCAGUCAUUUGGUAUUCCCAGCAUCCCCUUCAAGUCCGGAGGUUCAAAUGAGAUCGGUGGGAUCAAUGAUUCAGGUAUCAUGAAUGGUGGUGGACUCUGGCCUAAUCAGGCUCAACGAGUGCGAACGUAUACAAAGGUUCAAAAACGAGGAUCGGUAGGGAGAUCAAUAGAUGUUACCCGUUAUAGCGGCUACGAAGAGCUCAGGAAUGACUUAGCAAGAAUGUUCGGAAUCCAAGGACAGCUGGAGGAUCCAAGACCCUCUGAUUGGAAACUCGUCUACACAGAUCACGAAAACGAUAUAUUGCUCGUUGGUGAUGAUCCAUGGGAGGAGUUUGUGAACUGCGUGCAGAAGAUAAAGAUCCUAUCAUCAGUAGAGGUGCAGCAAAUGAGCUUAGACGGAGACCUUGCAGCUAUCCCAACCACAAACCAAGUCUGCAGCGAAACAGACAGUGGAAAUGCUUGGAAAGUGCAUUAUGAUGACACUUCCGCUGCAGCUUCAUUCAACAGAUAGAAAACCAAAGUGAUGCAAAAUAUACAUCAAAAUCAACUUAAAAGUACAGCUUUUUUUGUGCGUGUACUGCAAACAAGAAGAAGAAUCCUACAGCUGCAAAAGGUAUAUACAUAUUUAUAGGACAGUCAUUUGAAUUUUCAUUCUAACUUGAUGUUGUUGUGUUUCCAUAGUUUAUAUAACCUUUGAACAACCAAAAAAGAGGACAAAGUCUUAAGAGUGUCUCUAUACAGAUACUACAAUGUAAUUUUGAUGUAAUGUUAACCAAAUCAAUCAAUCCUAUUCAGUAAUAUCCUUGUUACGAA